CAUGUGUGCUUUUUAUAAUGAAUAUAACAUGUUAGACAAAUCACAAAGUUACUGUGUUUGUUUUGCGUGUCUAUGUGCUUGUGUGCCUAAAAGCGUGUGUAAUUCUUUGUCAGCCUCUUGAGAGCUGACAUAUUGCUGCUAUUGAUCUUUAGUCCUAAAAUCAACACAGAAGCCUGGAUACUGAUGACAGGCAGGCCAGGGGAGUCAGGGUGUCCUGAUAACACACACACACACACACACAUUAAAUAAUGCUCUACAUGCACAUAUAAACAGAAGCAAGACACGUAUAUAUGAUGUUACAGUACAAACCAGGUCAAAUCGGCCUUAAUCUGUGAGACUGCUGCAAUUAUUGUGCAGUUUCCUGAAUCACACGUUGUGAAGAGCAUAUUUCCUUUUUGAUUUCAAAAAUUCAAGUUUCAGUUUAAACUUUAUCUGUAAGUACCAACUUAGAUAGAGCAUAUUGCAAGACUUAAUUUACAGAUGAAAUCUGUUAUUUCUGUUCUCUUUGUUUUUCUCUUUGUGUUUUUAAGGGAGUCUUGUUCUGAAGCAGUACCAGCCUGGUUCAUAGACACAGACUAAGCCUAAGUCAAUAAUCAGUAACAAUCUCCACUGAUUAAAGCUUUUAGUCCAAGGCUAGCCUUAAUCCAUGUCUGGGGAACUAAUGAUGCAGUUUUAAGUUAGAAAAGCACAUGGGUUUAUGUUGGUAGCUUUCUGGACAAACAGCACUGAAAACAAAUCUACUUUUGUCUUUGUGGCCAUCUUUUUUAGAUCUACAUCAAACCCAGAAGCUGAACAGCAUUUUAUGGACUUCACAAUUGGUGGUGCAGGUCUCUAAAACUUUACUUUAAAAGUAUGUGAUAGGACAUCUGGUAUCUGAAAAUCUAUUUUAAAAUCUUUUUGAAUGAAUAAGCUCAGGAGGCCGAAUCCCAACACAAACCAGGGAAGUUGUAAAUCAUAGAAAGAUGGUGCAACACCGUAGAGUUUGUAGUUUUGGUCUUUUUGUAUAUUGACAAUAAAUGAUAAAGGAUCUCCUCCCUGUCAGCUUUAAUUGGUUGAGUGGUUUUACACCAUGAGACGCUCACAGGCCUCACCUGCUUAUCAGUUUUUUCCUUGAGGGCACUCUGAUUUUCUCUGUAUUAUUCUCCAAGUCAACCAGCGGCCGUUGGCGCAUUACUUGGGUGCUUUAAAGAAUAUUACACUGUGUCGUGCGUUAGGGAGAGUGUGUCUGGACAGCCUGUGUGUUAGCCUGCUGUCGUAGGGGGCAUGUGGUGGGCUGAUGUGGGUUCAAAGUGUUCCCCUUUAAAAGUCAAAACAGCAUGUGAUUUGAUUUCAUGCUCUUUUAUCCUUUAACUAGCCUGAUAACAGGGACGGAAAAAGGCAAUGAUGUGUUUGUGUCCGCGUCUGGAUAACAAAUCUCCAUCAUCCCCUAGCAGAGGGUCCAUUAGCUUCGGCCCCCCUCCCCGGUUGCCUAGUGAUAAAGUAAACAAUGUGUGUUUGACCAAUCCCGCGCGCAAAUAUUUGUCCUGGAAGCUGCCUCAUCCGACGCCAGUCACACACACGCCUGCUGCCGUGUGCGGAGGUAUAUAUAGAGGGCCGGUCCUGGAGGGCACACCGAGUGAAUCCAUCAGUGACCCAGGCCAGACCUUUAUUCUUGGACAGACACUAAACCUGGCAGCAAGGUAAGGAUUAGAAGCCGACAUGGCUGCAGGCGUCAUCAGGAACUUCCUCAUCCAGGCUCCGACUCCGGCCUACUUCCCCAUGAUUUUUCAGCAUUCUCCGUGUAAAGACAGUGACUACGAGAAGAAGCUGCAAGAGAAGCCAGAGGAGAGAGAAGACGAGGAAGAGAGACAGGCAGAUGAAGACGAGGAGGACGAAGAAUCUGAGGCUCAGGAGGAAGAGGAAGAAGGUUUGGACGAGGUUUUCUUAAACCCCGCUCACCAUGCUCUGGAUGUGACCAAGCAGCUGCUGAGGUUCGCCGACGUCAUCAGUCGCGAUGUGCAGCGCUAUUUCGGUCGCUGCUCCGGUGACCAAGAAGCCUGCGACAUCUACAGCGACUCCAUCUCCAUCACCACCAGUGGGCGUCUGCGUUACUAUGACGACCUGAUGAGAAUAGCGAGAGCAGGAAGUCCAGAGGUGCAGGAGAACAGCUUCGGGGCCUGUCCUGAAGAGCAAAGAGCCGCGGCUGCAAAAGGCAACAGCAGUGGGCUGGGGCCCCUGGCUGAACUGUUUGACCUCAGGGCCCCGAGCAAGGGCCGAGGCCAACCGAUGAUCAAACGACACCUCCCUCUCAGUUUCUGGACCGAGCCGAUCCCCAGCUGCUCCCUGGUCACUCUGAGUAACACGCUUGACAUCGCACACAGGACCGGCGCCUCGCCUUCACAGGACCUCACACACACGGACGAUAACGCGCACAUGCACUAUAACGUCCCAGCGCAGCACAACAUGCACACCCUCGACAGCACUCAGCCAGAUUUCAGCGACCUGUUGGCGAACUGGGAUCCAAACCCGGAGCUCACUCACACGCUGACCGAGAACACAAACAUGCAGCACUGAUCACGCCAGCCUCAGCCUGGGACUGAAAAGACUCCACUUAUGAUCCUUAUACAGUUUUCUGCAGUUUUAAAGGGUCAGGACAAAGAACCUGCCAUGUGAGCAGAGUGAGAUUUAAUUUAAUAAAAAAAUGUACCAGGACCCAUCCUGUCCUCUACUACUGUAACAUAAUCGGAUGUGAAACUGUUACGCUUUAUUUCUGUUGCAUAAUAUUUUG